AUGUCUAACCAUGACGACCAGCCCUCCGACGGCACGAGCCCGUCGCAGGAUUCGUCGCAAGCACAGAACCUGCCCGACGUCAUGCGCCGGCCGUCCCUCGUUUCGUCGCGCACCAUGUCCGACGCUGGUCGCCGCACCUCGCAGCAGUACCACGUUCGAUUUUCGACCGACCUCGACCAACCCGCCGACGAGCAACCCCAGAGCCAGUCGACGACUGCCGACCGGCGUCCCAGCUCGCGGGGCCUCACUAUCGAUACCGGGCUGGCACCGCCGUCGGCCCGCCACCCUGCUCACUCGCCGACCUCCCCUCUCUCGCCCCCCAAUGCCGCGCAGGGCGCGACUCUCUCCCCGAUCUCCCCGACGAGCCCAGACUCCGCUGGUGGUCGCUCGCGAUCGCGAAACCGCGGCUACUCGCUUCGCCGCAGUAUCUUCACCAAGACUAUUCAAACGCAGUCGGAGGACCAGGAUGACCUCUCGGCGCUGGAAUUGGGCGAGGUCAAGGGCCCGAUGCACCCUGGACAUGGUGCGGCCGCAUUCAAUGCCGUAGAUGCGCCCAGCCCCGUGGAGGAGAAUAAUGAGUUAGCAGUCGCGCCGACGGCGACACUCGAAUAUGAAUCUACCAAGGAAGAAGCCUCGACAUACCCCUCAUCCGGUUCCGAUCGACCCCUCAAGGAUUAUUACAUGUCGUUCGCGCAAAAUAACUGGACGAAGAAGAAGGCGGCCACGGCCGUGAUUGUCGCCCGCGUGGAAACCGUUAAGACCGCGGUCCGGAAAUUUAUCUUGCGCAUCAAGGACAUUCCACCGACCAAGGACGGCCGGCACAUCGACCUGAACCCGUCACUCGUGGAGACGCUCGUUGAUGAGCGCACUGGGAAGGCGUAUUGUGCCAAUUGGAUUCGGUCGAGCCGCUACAGCUUCUGGAGUUUCUUCCCUCGACAGCUGUUCGCACAGUUUACCAAAUUGGCCAACUUUUACUUCUUGGUUGUGGCGAUCUUGCAGAUGAUUCCCGGUCUGAGUACGACGGGAACGUUCACGACUCUGAUCCCGCUUUUGAUUUUCGUUGGUAUCUCCAUGGGCAAGGAAGGGUUUGAUGAUUGGCGCCGGUAUCGCUUGGACAAGGAAGAGAACAACCGGUAUGCCUGGGUGCUUCGUCCUGGUCAAAGACCUGUCACAGACGGUGCAACAAUUAUGGCCGGUGUUUCUAUCCAUGACUGGGUUGAGAUCAAGUGGCAGGAUAUCCGUGUUGGAGAUGUAAUCAAACUUGAGCGCGACCAGCCUGUUCCCGCUGAUUUCGCCUUGCUCCAUGCCAAUGGACCCAACGGGGUCGCUUACAUUGAAACCAUGGCACUCGAUGGAGAGACCAACCUGAAAAACAAGCAGCCCUGCCAGCCUGUGGCUAAGGUGUGCUCCACCGUGGAUGAUAUCAUCAGCAAUGCGCUGCAUUUCGUCGUCGAGGACCCGAAUCUUGAUCUCUACAAGUUCGACGGCCACGUCACCGUCAAUGCCCAGGAGAAGCUGCCCCUCACCAACAAUGAGAUUGUCUACCGCGGCAGUAUUCUCCGCAACACCGAUCGCGCCAUCGGCAUGGUGAUCUACACCGGCGAAGAGUGCAAGAUCCGCAUGAAUGCCAACAAGAAUCCUCGCAUCAAGAAACCCUCCCUGCAAGCCAAGGUCAACCGUGUCGUGAUGCUGAUCGUCCUCCUCGUGGUCACCCUGGCCGUUGCCUGCACCCUCGCCUACAAGUACUGGUUCCAAGGUGUGGAGCGUGACUCCUGGUAUUUGACCGACGCCAACGUCUCGUACGGCCCUAUCUUCACCUCCUUCCUCAUCAUGUUUAACACCAUGAUCCCCAUCUCGCUCUAUGUUAGCAUGGAGAUCGUCAAGGUCGCACAAAUGCUCCUGCUGAACGAUAUCGACAUGUACGACCCGGAAACCAACACUCCCCUCGAGGCACGUACCUCCACCAUCAACGAAGAGCUUGGCCAAGUCAGCUACAUUUUCUCCGACAAGACCGGCACCUUGACGAACAAUUCAAUGCGCUUCCGGAAAAUGAGUGUUGCCGGUACCGCAUGGCUGCACGAUCACGAUCUCCAGGAGGAAGCUGCCCGCGAAGGCGAGAAGCUCAUUCACAAGAAGCGGAAUCUGAAGGGGAAGAAGGCUGUUAGUCGGAAGUCGAAUGUCUCGGAGGCCCGUAUGGGCGCUGCCAGGCUGUCAAAUGUUUCGGCUGGGGCGGAUCAAUUGCGACGGUAUGCUCGAUCGGCUCCUUGCCGGACUACGGAGAUGUUGGAGUAUAUCCAGCGCAAGCCCUACACCGUGUUUGCGAGAAAGGCUAAGCUGUUGAUUCUGGCUAUGGCUCUUUGCCAUACUUGUAUUCCUGAAGAGGAUAAGAACGGCCAUUUGUCUUUCCAGGCUGCUUCGCCCGACGAAUUAGCACUGGUCAUGGCGGCGCAGGAACUCGGGUAUCUGGUCAUGGACCGACAGUCGAAUUCCUUGACUAUUCGCACGUAUUCCAAUGGCACCGAGGGGUCUGCCGUCGACGAGACAUACGAGGUCAUGGAUGUAAUUGAAUUUUCGAGUGCCCGGAAGCGCAUGUCGGUUGUUGUGCGUAUGCCCGAUCAGCGCAUCUGCCUCUUCUGCAAGGGCGCCGACACCACGCUUAUGCGUCUGCUCAAGAAAGCGGAGCUGGCCCAUGAGAAGGCCACCGAGAUCGAACGCCGCGUCAGCAAACGCAAGGCCGCCGAGGCUAACCAGGUCAUUCGUCGCAACAGCGAAUAUCAGAGCCGGAGGGAUAGCGGCGUCCGCAACAGCCUAAGCCGGCCCAGCUUCACCCGCCGUCGCUCCUCGGUGUCCGGUCACCACGUCUCCACUCUGCGGGACAGUAUCGAUGUCUGGCUGCGCGACCGCGAGACUGAUGGCGGUAUCUUGAAUCGCGAAGAUGACAGCGCUUACUACAGCCCUCGGUCUUCUGUCCAGAUGGGACGCACCUCAACCGCGAUCUCAGACUCCGGCAGCUCCGCCAACGGCGACGAGGACGAGGACCUUGUAGAGGAGGCCCUUGUAGUGAACGAGGCGGCGAUUUUCGAGCGCUGCUUCCAACACCUGAACGACUUUGCCACCGAUGGACUGCGCACUCUUCUCUACGGACAUCGGUUCUUGGACGAGACUACCUACAAGAGCUGGAAGGCUGCGUAUCAUGAUGCUUGCACUAGCCUUGUCGAUCGCCAGCAGAAGAUUGAGCAGGUUGGCGAGGAGCUUGAAACCCAGCUUGAGCUGACCGGUGCCACUGCUAUCGAGGACAAGCUGCAGAAGGGCGUUCCCGAGGCUAUUGACAAGCUGCGCCGUGCGAACAUCAAGUUAUGGAUGCUUACUGGUGACAAGCGUGAGACUGCUAUUAAUGUUGGACAUUCCUGCCGUCUGGUUAAGGAGUAUUCGACCUUGACGAUUCUGGACCAUGAGAACGGCGAUGUCGAGCAGACCAUUGUCCAACUGACCGCAGAUCUCACCCACAAGAAGGUGGCGCACUCUGUGGUUGUUGUUGAUGGUCAGACUCUGUCGGAGAUUGAGGCAGAUGAUGUGGUCCGUGAACAAUUCUUCCAGCUCGCUAUCCGCGUCGACUCGGUCAUCUGCUGCCGUGCCAGCCCUAAACAAAAGGCCUUCCUCGUUAAGACCAUCCGCAAACACGUCAACGACUCUAUCACCCUGGCUAUUGGCGACGGCGCCAACGACAUCGCCAUGAUCCAGGAAGCCCACGUCGGCAUUGGUAUCACCGGCAAAGAAGGUCUCCAGGCCGCCCGGAUCUCGGAUUACUCAAUCGCGCAGUUCCGCUUCCUGCUGAAGUUGCUUCUCGUCCACGGUCGCUGGAACUACAUGCGCGUCUGCAAGUACACGCUCGGCACUUUCUGGAAGGAAAUGCUCUUCUACCUGACGCAGGCGCUGUACCAGCGCUGGAACGGGUACACCGGCACCUCGCUCUACGAGCCGUGGAGUCUGAGCAUGUUCAACACCCUUUUCACCUCGUUGGCUGUCAUCUUCCUGGGUAUCUUCACCAAGGACCUCUCCGCGUCGACUCUCCUCGCCGUACCAGAGCUCUACACCAGGGGCCAGCAGAACGGCGGAUUCAAUAUUCGCCUCUAUCUCGGCUGGACAUUCAUGGCAACUUGCGAAGCAAUGAUCAUCUUCUUCACGAUGUAUGGCCUCUUUGGCAUGGUCAAGAUCAACUUCACCGACACCGACACCUUCGCUCUAGGCCUCCUCACCUUCUCCGCGUGCAUCAUAGCCAUCAACAUCAAGCUCCAGCUCCUGGAAGUGUACAAUAAGACCUACCUCUCCUUAGCCGUGAUCAUCAUUUCCGUCGGUGGCUGGUUCCUAUGGGACAUCAUCCUCUCGGAACGGUACAAGAUGUCCUCCGGCAAAGGCGUCUACGCCGUACCAGGCAACUUCCUUCACCACACUGGCGACAACCUGCUCUUCUGGCUGGUCCUCCUGAUCUCCGUUGCCGCAGUCCUCCUCUUUGAACUCACCGUCUCCACCCUCCGCGCCCUCUUCUUCCCCACAGACGUCGACAUCUUCCAAGAGUACGAGCAGGAUCUGGACAUCCGUAAACGCUUUGAGGAAGCCGCCGCCGCCGAGCUGCAGCAGGGCUGGGACCACGGCACAAAGAAAUCCUCCUUCGAGCUUGCCCGUGAAGCCGCCGAACUCGCCGAGAUGGACGCCCGCGAGCGUCAUGUCCAGGAACUCCUCUCGCGGCCGCGCGUCAUGAGUGACUCAAAGCCUAUUGCGCACGAGACUGAGAUGGAGGGCUACACGAGUGUCAGCGCGACUGCUAGUCACAGUGGCAGCGAGGCCGUCGACCGCAGUGCAUCUGUUGUAGCUGCCGAUGCGGGACACGCGGAGCCUAUGUCUCCGACCGAGUCGUGCGCGCCGCGCCGCUCGGUCGAGAUCCACGAGCUCUUCAGCAGAGGGUUUGGCUCGAUUCGCAAGGGCCAGCUGAAGUGA